AUGGUUUCUAACUCAAACAGAAUAAUUAAAGUGAUACCUGACAUGAAGGCCUUGGCUGAAAAUGUUUCAGGAGCAGACAGAUCAAAGUGGGAUAUCUUGUCAAAGAAGCUUUCACAAAAACAAGAGAUGAUACAUAGAUUGGUUAUGUGAAUGGAGGAUUAAGGUAAAAGAUCAUUAGAGUUGCUCAAGCAUAUCAUAAUGAAAGAAUCAGAAAUGAAGAAUUUGAAAAAGCUCUGCUUAAAAGGAUAUAGCAUUUGCAAGAUAACUUGAAGUAGAGUAGGACUCAUUAUAGAUAAUCCAUUAGGAGAAUGCCAAAAAAAUGUUGGUCAUGCUAUAAGAAAUUCAAAAGGUCGGUGUUUAUAAAGAAGCUGUAAAGAAACUGUGAUAUCAUAAUUAGAGAAAUUAAUGGAAACUUCACUAAAAGAUGCUUAAUAAGCUAGAUAAGCGCAGUUAGAGGUUGAAUAAUUUAAAAAUGAAAAUCUUAAUUUGCAAAAGCAAUUGAAAGGAAUUAUUUAUGGA